AUGACAGCUAUGCAGGCCAACGGCGGCAGCGGCAUUAGCGAUGUUACUGCCACCGCCGCGACCACGGGGGAGACCUCAGGUGGGGAAGCGGGGCCAGUGGGACGGCUGGAGGCGGCCACGGCGCCAACGGACGCGGCGGCGCUGGCCUACUCAGAUGCGGGUGCCACCGGCGUAGACGGCCUAGAUGAGACGCGCAAGUUUGUGUUCGCGGAGGAAUGGGGCUUUUCGCGCGUGGGAGGUGACCUGCCGGAUGGCACCACGCCCGCCACGUUUGCCGACAUGUUUCCCGAGCGUUUCUUCGCCUUCAACCCCCUGCGCGCGGUAACGGCGGUGGCGCUACCACUGGUCGCUAUGGCCGUUGGCUACGGCUGGCUGUGGUACAUGCACUCAAUCUGCCCCGCCUGGCAGCAGCUCGCGUGCGCAGCCCUUAUCGGCACCGCUUACACGGGCCUCUUUAAAGUCGCCCACGAGUGUGCGCGCUUCAGCUUUCUGCCUGAAGCUCCUCGCCUCCAAGAUGCGCUAGGGCUUGUCCUCAUGCUGCCGUCGUUGUACCCCUUCACCUCCUGGCGCCUCCAUUACAUCCACCAUAUGGCGCACCUCAACAUGCUGUGGGAGGAUACCUUUGGCUGGCACCCGUACACGAAGCUGCAGCUGGCCACGGAGCUCCUCUGUGGGCAGCACUGGCUCCUGGCACUGCGGCGCCUGGCGCUGACCACACCGCUAAAGCUGUUUGCGUCCGUGGGCCACUGGCUUCGCUCCUUUGACGGGCUGGACUUGAAGCGCUUCCACAAAGACACCUACUGGGCUGUGCUGGCGGGCUGGUCUGGGCCCAUCCUGUUUUUGGGUUUCGGCAUCCCGGCUAUCAUUAAGAUGUUUGGCUUGUCAGUCCGUCUAGCCGACCGGGCUUGGGGGGGCUUAGUAAGCGGCUACCUGCUUCCCUGGCUGGUCUUCCACUUCUGGCUGUCCACUCUAUCGCUCCUGCAGCACACCGCACCGCAUAUUCCAUUCCGCGCCGAGGACGCGGGCUACGACUCCGGCCGCGCGGCCAUCUGCGGCACCGUGACGGUGCGGCUGCCACGGCCUCUGGAGCUGCUGCUUAACGACGCCAACUACUCCCUACCGCAGCUGGUGGCCCCUGGGAUGCCAGUGUUUCACGCGCGGGAGGCGUAUGAGUACAUGCGGGAGCGGUUGCUGCCGUACCUGACGGAGGCGACGCUUAGCGUAAAACUACUGACCAACCAUAUUACCAAGUGGCAGGUUUAUGAUGCGGAAAAGGAGACGUACCUUCCUCUGGAUGAGGUCAUGCAGGAGCUCGAACGCGACAUUGCCACUCUUAUGGAGGAGGCUGAGCAGGCGGAGGAGGAGGAGAAAGUUUCAGGGGGGCCAAGUGGCGGAGCGGUAGAGGGGCAGGGCAAGCGCCUGGCGCAGCUGUUGGGUGCGCAGCUUAAGCAAUACAUUUCGGAGGUUCGCAGCAUCAGCAGCUCAAAUGCUGCUGGUCGGGGAGCGUUGGGCAGCGGCCACACGCCUACGACGCAGGUCGUCACUGGCCAGCAAACACGCUCUCAUGCCCAGGUCGCAGUCCAGCAGGCUACACAGCAGCACUUGAAAGUUGUGGUGCCGGCCAUCAGGACCGAUCUGGUCGGAGCGGUGUCUAUGGUGUCUGAUGGCGAGAAAGUGGAGCCAGGCGUCUUCAAGAACAUUGACGGACACCGCUUCGACGACGGUCGCUACCAGGCUUUUAUUGAGGAAAUCACAAAAUUUAUCCCCAAGGAGCGGCAGUACACCGACCCUGUCCGCACGUUCGCGUAUGGCAUCGACGCGAGUUUCUACCGCCUUAACCCAAAGCUGGUCGUUAAGGUCCACAAUGAAGAAGAAGUUCGGAAGAUUUUGCCCAUCGCGGAGCGGCUCAAGGUGCCGGUCACCUUCCGUGCUGCGGGUACAUCCCUCUCGGGCCAGGCUAUCACCGACUCGGUGCUGAUUAAGCUCAGCCACACCGGCAAGAAUUUCCGGAACUACACCGUGCACGGCGACGGCAGCAGCAUCACAGUGGAGCCGGGCCUCAUCGGUGGCGAGGUUAACCGCAUCCUGGCGGCGUAUCAGAAGAAGCACAAGCUGCCCAUUCAGUACAAGAUAGGCCCAGACCCGUCUUCCAUCGACUCUUGCAUGAUCGGCGGCAUCGUGGCCAACAACAGCAGCGGCAUGUGCUGCGGUGUCAGCCAAAACACAUAUCACACGCUCAAGGAUAUGCGGGUGUUGUUUGUGGACGGCACGGUACUGGAUACGGCAGAUCCGGACAGCUGCGCGGCCUUCCUCAAGAGCCAUAAGGCCCUGGUGGACGGCGUCGUGGACCUGGCGCGGCGUGUGCAGGCUGACAGGGAGCUGACGGCUCUUAUCCGUCGCAAGUUUGCCAUCAAAUGCACCACCGGCUAUUCGCUGAAUGCGCUGGUGGAUUUCCCGCUGGACAACCCCAUUGAGAUUAUCAAGCACGUCAUCAUUGGCAGCGAGGGCACUCUGGGCUUCGUGUCGCGGGCCACCUACAACACUGUGCCCGAGUGGCCCAACAAGGCCUCGGCCUUCAUCGUCUUCCCGGACGUGCGGGCGGCAUGCAUGGGUGCCUCCGUGCUCCGAAAUGAGACCUCUGUGGACGCAGUAGAGCUGUUUGACAGGGCUUCCCUACGCGAGUGCGAGAACAAUGAGGACAUGAUGCGGCUGGUGCCAGACAUCAAGGGCUGCGACCCCAUGGCUGCCGCGCUGCUGAUUGAGUGCCGUGGCCAGGACGAGGCGGCGCUGCAGGGUCGUAUUGAGGAGGUGGUCCGUGCUCUUACCUCGGCGGGCCUGCCGGUGGGAGCGAAGGCGGCUGAACCCCGCCCCAUCACCGCCUAUCCCUUCCACCACGAUGCCAAGAACUCGAAAGUCUUCUGGGACGUGCGCAGGGGUCUGAUUCCGAUCGUGGGUGCCGCCCGUGAGCCGGGUACCUCCAUGCUUAUUGAGGACGUCGCUUGCCCCGUGGACAAGCUGGCGGACAUGAUGAUUGACCUGAUUGACAUGUUCCAGCGCUAUGGCUACAACGACGCUUCGUGCUUCGGCCACGCGCUGGAGGGCAACCUGCACCUGGUCUUCUCUCAGGGCUUCCGUACCAAGGAGGAGGUACAGCGAUUUGCGGACAUGAUGGAGGAGAUGUGCUACAUCGUGGCCACUAAACACAGCGGCAGCCUGAAGGGCGAGCAUGGCACAGGCCGCAACGUGGCUCCCUUCGUUGAGAUGGAAUGGGGCAGCAAGGCGUAUGAGCUGAUGUGGGAGCUCAAGGAGCUGUUUGACCCCAAGUACACGCUCAACCCCGGCGUCAUUCUCAACCGGGACCCCGAUGCGCACAUCAAAUUCCUCAAGCCUUCGCCUGCUGCUUCGCCAAUCGUUAAUCGCUGCAUCGAGUGCGGCUUCUGCGAGUCCAACUGCCCCUCCCGGGACAUCACGCUCACGCCCCGCCAGCGCAUCGCCGUGUACCGUGAGAUGUACCGCCUGAAGCAGCUGGGCCCGGCCGCCAGCGAGGAAGAGAAGCAGCAGUUGGCAGCCAUUACAAGCUCCUAUGCUUACGAUGGCGAGCAGACGUGCGCCGCCGACGGCAUGUGCCAGGAGAAGUGCCCCGUCAAGAUAAACACAGGCGACAUGAUCAAGGCUCUCCGCGCCGAGCACAUGAAGGAGGCCAAGUCCGCCAGUGGUGCUGCCAUGUGGAUGGCUAACAACUUCGGAGUCCUCAACGCCACAGUGCCGCGCUUCCUGAACCUCGUUAAUUUGGCGCACAGUAUCCUGGGCCCCAAGCCGCUUGAGGCCAUCUCCCGGGCGCUGAACGCUGCCACCAAUCACCUGGUGCCCGUCUGGAACCCCUACAUGCCCAAGGGCGCCGCGCCGCUGAAGGUGCCCGCUCCGUUCCCUGCACCCGCGGCGUCCUCUGGCGGCAUCCCCCGCCGAGUGGUGUACAUGCCCUCUUGCGUGACCCGCAUGAUGGGCCCCGCGGCGAGCGACAAGGAGACGGCCUCUGUGCAUGAGAAGAUUUUGAGCCUCUUCAACAAGGCCGGCUACGAGGUCAUUGUUCCAGAGGGUGUCAGCAGCCAAUGUUGCGGCAUGAUGUUCAACAGCCGUGGCUUCAAGGACGCCGCUGCCGCCAAGGGUGCCGAUCUGGAAGCGGCGCUGCUCAAGGCAUCCGAUAACGGCAAGAUCCCCAUCGUUAUGGACACUUCGCCAUGCCUGGCGCAGGUUAAGAGCCAAAUCUCGGAGCCAGCGCUACGCUUCGCGCUGUACGAACCGGUUGAGUUCAUCAGGCACUUCCUGGUUGACAAACUUGAGUGGCGCAAGGUGCGGGAGCAGGUGGCCAUCCAUGUGCCCUGCUCAUCCAAGAAGAUGGGCAUCGAGGAGUCCUUCGCCAAGCUGGCAGGAUUGUGUGCGCACGAGGUUGUCCCGUCGGGCAUUCCCUGCUGCGGUAUGGCUGGCGACCGUGGAAUGCGCUACCCGGAGCUGACUGGCUCCUCACUGCAGCACCUAAACCUGCCCAAGAGCUGCAGCGAUGGCUACUCCACCAGUCGCACCUGCGAGAUGUCGUUGUCCAACCACUCGGGCAUCAACUUCAGGGGCCUGGUCUACUUGGUGGACGAGGCGACUAGCCCCAAGAAGGCGGCAACCGCAUGAGGCCGCCAGAUGGCUGGAGCCUGAGUUCUCGAGCUUAUUUCAUUUUGUUAACUGUUUUCUCGGUGUGAAUCGCCAGGUUGCUUAGUUGCGGAGAAAAGCACUAGGUAUUUGCCUGGGGCCAUGCUUGGCGCUUGGGUUCAGAGCUUCUGGAUUUUGGAU